AUGAUACGUAGAUUUGUAGAUAUCGGACACGCGAGGGAAAAUGCUGGAAAAACAUCAGACAGUGCGGAUUUCCUCGCAACUCGCCCACACACAGCCGCCGUGAUCCCCGGCAAGCCUGCUGGCAACCCACUGCAAUUUAUCAAGGUUGGGCCCGCAGAUUUGGGCACCAGGGCCCGGGAGCAGUUGAGAAGAGCUGAGCUCGCAAAGCGAACAGAACCCGCCCGGAUAGAACGGCAGGAGGAGUGGCAGUCGAACUUAGACAAUUGGAAGUCAUCACGGCGGAAGCGAGUUGAGCACAUCAUCGAACGGUGCGUUGAGGUAAAGCGGUUUGAGCACGAGAUCAACCAGCCCCGUGGCAAGGGCAAGACAUUCAACGAGAUGCUGGAGGAACGGUCACAAACAAUUCCAUCACCCAAGGCAUUGUCUGAAAAUAGUGAAAACCAGCAAUUAGCUUCGCAACUAAUCGUAAAUUAA